AUGGCCACGAGAGGGUGGUGGGCACUUCUUCCUCGCGCGAAGCUCGCUCCUUUCCUGCCCUUCGCUUGUGGAGCCUGCAGGAAUGCCCCUUACCACAGCCUGUGUUCAGCUCCCGUCCAGCCCGGCGCCGUCAGGUCCUCUGCUGUCAUGUCUUCCAAGGAUGCUACCCUGACUGGGGUAAUAGCACACAAGAUCAAGAAGGGCAUCACUUUCUAUGUAAAUGAGAGUACAGUGAACUCUGUGGCUGCUGGCCCACCUGGCCAGCCCAAACCCCUCCUGCUUCUGCUGCCUUGGUUGGGCUCCAGGCCUCAGGCUCAGGCGAAGUACUGCGAGAUCUACCUCAGAACAGGCUUUGAUGUACUAGUUGUGGAGACAGAGGUGGGAAGGUUCCUCUGGCCUCGCUGGGGGCUGGAGUAUGGCAGCGAGUUGCUGGAGCUUCUGGAGAGUGAGCGUUUCUCACAGCGCCACCUGCUGGUCCAUGCCUUUUCCAUUGGAGGUUACACUUUUGCCCAGAUGCUUGUUCAUAUGGCCAAAGAUGCCCAGCGCUACCAGGGUGUGACCAGCAGGAUCAGAGGACAGAUAUAUGACAGCCUGGUCAUGGGCUCUCUGGAGCGUAUGGCUAUUGGCGUGAGUAGGACCGUGUUCCCUCGUGUUGGGGGUGUAGUGAAGCGUGCCAGCCUGCUUUAUUUCCACAUCUUCAAACGCCAAACGGUGGACUACUUCAACAUGGGAAUUGACGCAUUCUGGAAUACGCCUGUGACAGCUCCUGCACUUUUCUUCUUUUGUCAGAAUGAUGCACUGUGUGAUGCAGAUUCUAUGGAGGAAAUGUUGGAGCAUUGGGGUAAACGGGGCAUUACUCUGUUGAGUAAAAAGUGGGAGAAGUCUAUACAUGCAGGGCAUCUUCGUGCCCAUCCUCAGGAGUACCUAUCCAUUCUAGAAAACUUCCUCUGUUCUCUCAGUAUGGUGCCUCUCAAGUCCAAAAUGUGAAGUGUCUUUUCUUUAACAUGUAAGACUUUAUUCAUCAUACAUGUGUACUGUUACUGUAUGCAGUAAAGUUAGUAAAGUGCCUUCCUAAGUGCUUUUUUUUUUUAUUAAAAAAAGUUUCUUUAAUGUACUGACCUAAAAUUUGUGUGUCUAUAUAAAUUUAUUAAGGUGGAGUCAGUAACGUACCAUUUCUCAUCACUCUUAGGAAGUUAAAUCUAUGCGGUCUUUUACUAAUUAAUGCUUUUGUUUAGAUAGAUGACAAUAUUUUACAGUAUAUUUUUGUUGAAGUUAUUAGACAAUUAAAUAAACCAAGUUUUAAACUAA